CUGGAUGGUCCGCUGCGUGCCCUACUUCAAGGACAAGGGCGACAGCAACAGCUCGGCCGGGUGGAAGAAUUCGAUCCGGCACAACUUGUCACUCCACAGCCGAUUCGUCAGGGUGCAGAAUGAAGGCACUGGGAAAAGCUCUUGGUGGAUGAUCAAUCCAGAUGGUGGAAAAGGCGGCAAGGCGCCCCGGAGACGCGCUGUGUCAAUGGACAACAGCAACAAGUACACCAAGAGCAGAGGGCGGGCAGCAAAGAAAAAGGCAGCCCUGCAGACAGCCCAGGAGACGAGCGAGGACAGCCCUUCCCAGCUCUCCAAGUGGCCGGGGAGUCCCACCUCCCGCAGCAGCGACGAGCUGGAUGCGUGGACGGAUUUUCGCUCCCGUACAAAUUCAAAUGCCAGUACGAUCAGUGGCCGCUUGUCACCCAUUUUGGCGAGCACCGAGCUCGAUGAUGUUCAAGAUGACGAUGCUCCACUUUCUCCCAUGCUGUACAGUAGUCCAUCAAGCUUGUCCCCAUCAGUAAACAAACCAUGUACUGUGGAGUUGCCUAGGUUGACUGAUAUGGCUGGGACAAUGAACUUGAAUGAUGGACUGACUGAUAACCUGAUGGAUGAUCUCUUGGACAAUAUAACACUCCCUCCCUCCCAGCAGUCACCCACAGGAGGGAUGAUGCAGAGAAGCUCCAGUUUUCCUUAUGGUUCCAAAGGUUCAGGGCUGGGCUCCCCAUCAAGCAGUUUCAACAAUGCUGUGUUUGGGCCGUCGUCCCUGAAUUCCCUCCGCCAGUCACCCAUGCAGACGAUUCAGGAGAACAAGCAGGCCACCUUCUCUUCCAUUUCUCAUUACAACAACCAGACGCUGCAGGAUCUCCUCACCUCUGACGCGCUGAGUCACAGCGAUGUCAUGAUGACACAGUCUGACCCACUCAUGUCACAAGCCAGCACAGCUGUGUCCGCCCAGAAUUCCCGCAGGAAUAUAAUGCUCCGCAACGACCCCAUGAUGUCGUUUGCCGCGCAGUCCAGCCAGGGCGGUCUGGUCAAUCAGAACCUGUCCCAUCACCAGCACCAGUCCCACAGCUCCUCUCUCAGCGGCAGCCGUGCCUUGUCCAAUUCCAUCAGUAACAUAGGCUUGAGUGACUCCAACAGCUUGGGAUCCUCCAAACAUCAGCAGUCACCUGUCAAUCAGUCUAUGCAAACACUUUCUGACCCGCUGUCAGGCUCCUCUUUGUACUCUAGCGUGAACCUCCCGGUCAUGGGGCAUGAGAAAUUCCCGAGUGACUUGGACCUGGACAUUUUCAACGGGAGCCUGGAGUGUGACAUGGAGUCCAUUAUCCGCAGUGAACUCAUGGAUGCUGAUGGGCUGGAUUUUAAUUUUGAUUCCCUCAUCUCAGCUCAGAACGUUGUCAGUCUGAAUGUGGGGAACUUCACUGGUGCUAAACAGGCUUCAUCACAGAGUUGGGUACCAGGCUGAAGGAUCUUUGAGAACAGGGAAAACGGGCAAACAGGCCCUCAAACUGACACGAGAUGUAGAGAGAGAACCCUUUGCCAAAUCUGCUGUCAGCAAGUGGACAGUGAUACUGUUUACAGCUUACGACCUUUGUGAACCCUGCAUUAUUUUCCUAAUGAAGCAGACUGUUAAUAGGCCCCUUACUGGAGUGAAGAACCUAUUUUUUCCCCCCUCUUUUUCUUUUUUUUCUUGUUUUGUUGAAAACUGAACUCAUUCUGAAGUAUGCAAAAUCUUCCUUUUCUGGGAUGGCCAAGCACCUGCUGUGGAGACAAUGUUCAGCACCAUCCUGUUGAGAACACACUGUGUAGCCUUUACACUAGUUACUUGUCAAUGAGUAUGUGGUGUUUCAAUAUAUUAAUGGUUUAUGGGAUGUUUUAAGUUGGCUUUUCUUUUUGGAGGUUUCCCCUAUCUGCCCACCCUCCCCCCUACAGCCUCCAGUUUGAUUUCAGUAGAUUUUUAAUCAUUUUUGCUUUCUCUCCCUGGGGAAUCUGAGGCACUGUGCACAUGCGUGGAAAUGACCGUAACCCGGCACUGCUCAGGUGUCAGGGUUUUCUGAAGGUGCAGCGUUUGUUAGUCCUGUCAACCAGCUGGAUUCCAGAGAGGGGAUGUGUGUGACCUGUUUGUUUGUAGGGUUGGUUGGUUGAUUUCUUUCUUAUUCUUUAAGUUCAAUGGUACGCCCCUGUUUUCCGUAAGGGUCAACCCGGAGCUGGUUGCACAGCAAGGGAAGCUGGCGAGUUUUCCUCUUGCCUCACGAGGACGGACUGACAGCAGGUGCCGUUGCCCUCAUGUGCACCGAGGCAGGAGCCCUUUCCUGCCCACUGGAGCAGGCUCCCCUCCUGUCUUACCCAGCAAAGCUGCCCUCACUGCCCCAGUGAGCUGGGGAGGAGCUAUGGGCUGAGCUGCCACGCAGGCUGGAUGUAGUCACCUGUAGAGAUGUGUUUGAAAACACAGAAAUGAAAGGAAACGUGGCGGCUGGGCAUCGGCAGGUGACUUGCAGUGACAAUGCCAGGAGCCUAGGCACAGAUCACUGCAGGGUGUGUUAUGGCGUUAGUGAUCCUGUUUAUUUUUGUUGUUGUUGUUUUGGACAUAUCCUUGAUUAUUUUUUCCUUCUCAUUAUGUAUAAUCCAUUGUGGCAGAAGAAGCAGGAGUGGGAAUGGCAAGGUGACAGUAUCAUACAAAUGGCUUUUCAUAUGAGCAUAGAUUGUAGCAGGAUAAAUGACACUGAAAGACAAGGCAGUUUUAUAUAUUUUGCUUCUAAGAUUUUCUUUUGUAAAAUGAAUAAUAAUUAAUAAUAAUAAUGAAUAAAAGGUAUGGUGCUGUAUAGAUCCUCUCUAUAAUCUGGAAAGAUUGAUUACUUUUUAUUAGUAUCUGGGGGGGAGGGAUACAAAAAAGAGGAGAAAACACCAGUGGUACAUAGCAACUUGGUAUGAAGAGGUUCUGAAUAGGACAGUGUAUACAUAAUUCUCCAAAGCGAUAUAUGAAGUUUUUUUUUUUCCUUUGCAUAAAAGCAUUAUGCAUAUAAAUAUAUAAAUAUAUUUUAUUAUGUACAGAAAUGGAUCAUUAUGCAUGGAUGUUAGGAAAACAAAACUAGCAUUUUAACCCAAAGUCUCAGUGCAUGAGUUCCCACCGACCCGUGUCCCAUGCAAUGUGGAGUGACUCCCUCUCGCCACUGCCACCGCACUUGCACAGUCAUGCACCAACACUCACACACAUUCGUGGGCCCUUCCUCACUCCUUGCUUUCCAGGUCCCUGAGGUGAUUUUGGUGAAACAACGGCUCCCAGUGUGAUGGAAGUUUUGGGUUUGUAUGUAGCCCCCAUGCUGUUCUCUCAUAAAGAUGCACCUCUUGGUUUCUCCCCCCAGUUAUGACUGCGUAGGCUCUGUGCUGUUGUGGUUAGCAUAGCCUGUAACAUAUCAAAUCUACCAAGCAGCCAAGGAUUUAUCAUUUGCCUUUUAAAAAAACUUCUCUUUUCUUUUGACACAGAGGGGUUCUGUUUGUUAGCAUGUGGCCUAGUUUAUUGCAUUCAUUGGAGCUGGCUGGUGCACAUUGCCCGUGUCUAUCAGCAGCUGGCUUCCCGGGAUGCUUGUGUGGCACAGCUGGGUACCCUGCUUACCUGAGUCCAGCUGCAGGCACCUUUUACUGAAUUUGGUCUAGAGUUCAUCACUGGCCUCCUCUGAGCAUGUGCCAUUAGCUCUUAACUUCCUGGUACACCCAAAAUGUGAGUGUAUGCUGAAGGACUUCCCUCUGGUGUUUCUUUUGCUGAGGCAUCUCUGCAGCUGCUGUCCUGUUUUGGGGCCACGUUUUGGCUGUCAGCAGAGUGCACUCAGUGGCUCCCCGUGCUCAAGUGCAGCUUUUGAUCCCUGCACAGUUGAGUCUCCAGUGAGAUUCAUGGUGCUGCCCAAAGAUCACUAUCACUGACAGAUCAGUAAAACCUGACUUGAUGGUAUGGCCAAAGUGACCAAACCCCAUAAUUUUUGUUUUGUUCUUGGUACAGAUUCAGUUCUUGUCAAAGGCAAGGGAAGGCCUGUUGAAAGCUUAAAUGAAACGAGUGCAAAUUCUUCUCUGUUCCAGUAACUUAGCCUGCUUGGGUUCAGAGGAACUGCUUUCCACUGGCAGAAAUGAGAGACAAAACUAUGGCCUGCUCUGUUCAGAAAAUGGAGGAAAAACAUUUGGUUUAGGGACAGCCCAUCAAUGGCAGAGAAGUUUUUUUAAAAGAAAUAAUAAAAGCAUUAGGGCUGGACGGCUUAACCCGCCUCUCAGCAAUGCCAAGGAGAGCAUUUCCAUUGGCAUGGCUGGGACAGCUUGGCCCCCUGCUUUGGAGAACAUCCCAGCACUCACUGAAGAGGGAUGGACAUGGAGAGCCUCUUCAGUUUGGUUUGGUUUCUGUUGCUCAGUUUUGGGGCCAAAAUUUUCAAGCAGAAGUGCCUGGUGUCAGGCACCAAACACUGGGGACUCCAGCAUGGUAUCGGGGGCAAGCUGCUCUGCCCUCAUGGCUUCUUGAAGGAAGGGGAGGUGACAGGUCCCCCCCAGCCCCAGGGGAAGGUCACCUCCCUCUACACCUGCUGAGGUGCCCAGCAAAGGCCCUUCACUCCAGAGGUGCUAAAUAAAUCUCCCUGAAUUCAAAGGGCCAGUUAUUUAGGUGUCAAAAUUGGGCCUUGAAUAGCUAGUUUGGGGAACCUACUUUUUGGAAAUUUGGCCUUUGAGCCUUUGAACAUGUUUAUGCCUAGGAGUUUUCCUUGUGAAAUCAUGUAAAACAGAUGAAGGUCAAGGUCACAAUUACAUGGGUAUCUUUUGAACACUUAGUCUCAACAAAAUGUCUAAAAAGGUGUUAUUUAUUCAGUUCCUAGUCACAUUUUCUAAAAAAAAAAAAUUCUAUUAAGAGUAAUUGGAUAGUUAAACACUGCUCAACUCCAGAAAUUUUUGUGCCAUUGCUUAAAAAAAGUUACCUUUUAGGUCAUGUAUUUCUCCAAAAUUAUAUCAUUGCUUGGCAAUUGGUGUCCUGUAAGUGUUUCAAGUACACAAUAUACCUUUGGAAUUGCCAACAGAUGCGAAGGGGGACCAGAUAGACUUCGUAACUAUGGGUUGGAAAAAAUGGAUUGUACAUUUGGCUUCACAUGUUUAACUUUUUUUUUAAAAAGUUGCAUGAUUGGAAAAAAUAUGUAUACAGUAUCUGUAAAACUGUUUUAUCUGUUUCUGUUUCAAGCCAUGUAAAUUGGAAGAAUAUUAAAUCCACAGCCUUAUCGCGCAUGGCCGUCUUUACAUACCGAAGAGCUGAACAGUUUAUACUUUUCAUUUGGGCUAUCUUGUACUUUCAUUUGAAAGCAGACACUCUCACGUUGCAGUCUUACUGAGGAUUUUAUAUUUAAAAAGAAAAAAAAAGAAAACCAACAAAAAAAAAUCUAAGAAAAGAGAUGCUGCCCUGGAGGAAUAUAUUACCUUACUACUCAGAGGUUGGAAGGAAGUUUGUUUUGGAGCAAAACCUGCCCCUUUCCAAAUGAAGUAGAGACGCAGUGCUUACUCCACUUGGUGUUAGUAGAUAUUGCCUUGUGUAUUCCAUUUUAAAUUGUAAUCUAGUUUGUAAAAGAGAUGGUGACGCAUGUAAAUAAAGCAUAAUGGAUCUCUA